AUGUUCCCCAAGGUUCAAUCAGAAAUUCAAGUGGAUAUUGGGUACAUUCUUCGUUCAGGUGUGCAAUUGCGUAUUUGUCUGUUGACCCAUCAUCUUUCCUUCUUUAUUCCUUUCUUUCCUUCCUUUCCUUUCCUUCCUUUCCUUUCCUUUCCUUUCCUUCCAUUCCUUUCUUUAUUCCUUUCCUUCUUUCCUUUACUUCCUUCUUCUCUUUACUUUCUUCUUUCCUUCUUUCUUUCUUUCUUUCUUUCUUUUCUUCUUUUCCUUUCCUUCUUUCUUUCUUUCCUUCCUUCUUUUCCUUUCCUUCCUUAUUUCUUUCCUUCCUUUCAUUCCUUUCUUUCCUUUCCUUCCAUUCCUUUCUUUAUUCCUUUCCUUCUUUCUUUUACUUCCUGCUUUCCUUCUUUCUUUACUUCCUUCUUUCUUUCUUUCUUUCUUUCCUUCCUUCUUUUCCUUUCCUUCGUUUCUUUUCCUUCUUCUUUCUUUCCUUCUUUCUUUUCCUUUCUUUCCUUUCUUUAUUCCUUUUCUUCCUUCCUUCCUUUCCUUCCUUUUUUUUCUUCCUUUCCUUCCUUCUUUUCCUUUCCUUCCUUUCUUUUCCUUCCUUUCCUUUCCUUCCUUCUUUUCCUUUCCUUACUUUCCUUUCCUUCCUUCUUUUCCUUUCCUUCCUUUCUUUUCCUUCCUUUCCUUCCUUCUUUUCCUUUCCUUCCUUUUUUUUCUUUCUUCUAG